UUCUAUCCUGCAGCUGAGGAUCGAAGAAGAUAAUCGACAUGGGCAAUUCGAGCGAAGAAAAUUUCAGCGGCCUACAAUCCACACGUCUCCAUCUUCAACAGGAUGUUCAGCUCGCGGGCUGCUCGAUCGACAAGUCUGUACCCGCUGCUUUUGUGCCGGUGAUAACUCCGAGCUUUUCUCGUGCGGCCUUCUCAUCGUCCGCAGUUUCAACAUUCGCUUCGGCCAAUGUGUUUCCCCUACGAUUCGCGAAGCAGAUCUUUCCUCUACCUUCUCCGUUGCGCGAUGCCUGCUUUGUCGCCGGAGUUCGGAGGUCGUCGAAUGCUUCGAGCCCGGGGCAACCUGACGAGCUUGGUCGACUGAAGACGGCGGCCAAAUCUUACAGUCUCAGGGGCGCGAAUGUGUGGGGGCUGGGCAUCGCAGCGGGGCUCACUCUUUAUGCCGUCAGCUGGUACUUCAGAGGAACUCUCGACGAAGCGACGGAGAUCGAGAAGCAAGAAAAGGAGGCGCGCUAGAAGGUGCUCGAGAGGCCUGAGGCGGGAAAAGAACUCACUGCGAAGUCGACUACCUUUGGAAACGCGCAGUUGAAAAUGGGUUCAGAGAAUAUGGAAUUCGUUCGAACGAAUCAGCAAGAGCUUAUCCUGCUCCAGUUAAAUCCCCGAGGAACGAGAGCUCGAAGUGAGAUGGGGUGAAGUACAUUGCUGGCGCAGAGGAGCACGGGAAAGCAUGACGCUGUCGGGAGAAUCGGAGAACCUUUAGAGAAAGCGGGUGCCGCAGCCUGCACUCUUUUCAUUCGUUUCAUGACAAGAUGUUGAUUAAAAUUUUGGCGUUCUCGUCGACUAGGCUUUGAUCCCAGUGUAAUCUCCCUCCACUUCCAGGAUUGAAGACUCGUGGGUCACACGUGUUUUGAUGUUGUCUCCA